AUGGCUGUGUUUCUGAAAGCAAUCCUGACAAUCUGUUUGCUGGUAGAAAUUAUCUCUACUACUCCGUUAAAACAACUAGGCAAGUUCAAAAGAGAGGUACAGAAAACGGACAAGUGCAGAUUUCAAAGAAAACUAACAAUAUUACAGAAACGGCUCAUUACGGAAUGCGAGAACCUGGAGGUACAUAACAAUUUUUUUUUUAUUAUGUUUUGCAGCCAAUUUAUUGCUUGUUUAACAAUUGCAAAGAAGGCAAGGAGGAAAGAUUUAUUACUGAAUGAACUUAUGGAAGCCAGAUGUUGUUACUUUCUCUCUCAGAAUGUGCUGUCUCUCUAAGAAUAAAAAGUAAGCACUUUCUUACACAGCAGAAAUAGUUCAACAGGACGUAUUGCUUUACUUAAUAUGCAGGCAUGACAUGUUGACAAUGAUACCCAAUUUGGUAUUUUACAUGUUGCAGAACUGAAAUAAUCAAAAUGAAUCUUUAAAACGUUCCUACUUUUAAAAGACAAUACAUUAUUAUCUUGUUAAUGUGCAGCUACUAGACAAAAUCUUCAAUACUUUAUAAUCCUGAGCCACAUCAGAACUUUUAUUCAGUGAUGUAUGCCACCUUGAGCUCCUUGCAGAAAGGUGGGGUGCAAAAUGUAAUGAAUAAAUAACUGUGUACAUUUUCAGGAUAAAAAUUAUGCUGCUAAGAGCUUAAGAUAUUUGCUAGUUGCUAUAAGUAGACCAGGCUAGUAUCUAAUCUAGAAUCAUAAAUAUUAAUAUAAGCAGAAACUGGUAAUGGUGAUUUUGUGAAUGCUCUCAGAACAAUGAGACAACAAGGAAACCUCAGAGUAAUCUCCUUUCUUUGUAAAAUCUAGAACUGAAAUUACAGGUCACACAUCCUGCUCUGCCCAGGGACCACAAUCCAGAGAUAUGAUGCUGAGGUCCAUGGCUGCAUAGCGUUCCCUGUGUAUCUUAGAGCAAUUGGCACAAUACACAUGAUACAAAUCCACCUAUUACCCCUUUAACCAUGUUUCCUUAUGCUGGUAGGCUUCUGUGCAUGAAAUAUACAGGAACAGGCUGCCUGUAGAAGAUUGUUUUCAAAAGAUUGUUUCUUCUUUAUGAGGACAAAAGUGUUCCUCUCACUCAGUUCAGCUUGCAAAGUUUACAGCAUGAGGGUUGUUGUUGUUGUUUUUUUAAAAAAAAAUGUUUUCCCUGGAGUUCUUUGCAGAACAUCCUUUUCACAGCAACGUCCAUCCUCAUAUCUUUGGCAAGUCUACAAAUGAGCCCUGAUGGUGGCAAUUGCCAUCCCAGGUUGGCUGUCCCCAGCAUCUGGCAACUAAGCAUACCCUGCCUUUGCAGGUAGAGGCUUCAUGUUGAAUUAUUGCAGCCACUGAGACACUCUUUCUCAUUGAAUCAGCCUAGUCCAUGUUUGAAGGCUGUCAAGAAGACCAGCAUGCACUUCUCCUGCUUCUUUCCUCUAAAAUGGAAAUGAGGGCGGGAGCAGGAGGCAGUUGCCGAAGGUUUAGCCAGAAAGUCAGGACUCGCUUGCCAAAGUUUCCUUCCUUAACCGAUUUAUUGCCUUUUGUUUUUCAGAAAUCAUCUUGUGGUAAUGAAGAAAUAAGGAAGAUUCGCUUUGAACCUCAUGCUGAGCGAACGGUAAGCAAAAUGUUUAUGUCCUUGACAUAAUGGACACUUAGAAAAUCUUCCGUAAUUUUCAAACAUCAGCCAUGGCUAAUUUAUUGAGGAGUGUCCACAGCUGGCAUCAAGCCAUUCUUCCUUCAUUAUUUUGAAAUGCUAUAUUUGGACCUUGAGAACCUUCAUAGGAGUCUCACAACUUGUACACUUUAUUUGAGAACUUCUCUACAGAUUACUGUCUAAGCCGUCACAGUGUUUGUUGCAAUGGUAGGUCAAUGGAAGGGACACUAAAUGAAAAACACAUCACAAAAAUGGAAUUCCACUGAAAACAUUCUCCAUAGUUGGAAAUUACCAUACAAUUUCUCAGUACAGGAGAUUUGUUGGGGUGACCUACAACGCUAGAUUACAUUUUGGGGAAAAUUGCAGCAUUUUUCAUAAAUCAAUACAUUACUUUUUACUUAGUUUUCUGCUUCCCUCAGUUAUAAAAGUUUUUGGGUGUGCCGCUUCUCAGCCUGCUACUUCAUUUGAUUCAGGCAGGUCUCUUCACAAUACGUGAUAUGGUUCAGGUUCAUAGAACUUUAAACCACUAAGAAAAAUGUGGUGGCAGAAAUCUAUAAGCUAUGCAAUGCCUUCUUAUGACCAACCAGGGGUAUGUGGAAAAGGAGCCUUGCUUCUGCAAGUAUUGAGGCCUUCUGUUUAAAACUUGAAGCCUUUCUCAGUCUGGAGUACAAGGAAGUCAUUCGUUAGGAGACAAGUGCCACAAUGCUAACCAUGUCUAUUCAGAAGUUAAUCUUACUUAAGUCACUGGAGUUUACUCCCAGAUAAAAAUUGCAGCCUAUUGCUGUCAUACAUUCUUGCCUUGGAGUAAGUCAUAUGGAACUCACUGGGGCUUUUUCUAAGGAGUCUUCAAUCUUAAAGACUCCAGGCGUUCAUCUUGUUAGUAUUUCACGCCUCCGAUGCAGCAGAAGAGAUUGGUGUAAAUCACAUGCCUGUCUAGGAAGAAUGUGGGAAUGGAAGACAGUCUUAUCUCUUCCGCUGUAUAUACUUACUGUACUGUACAGUGGUACCUUGGGUUACAGGCACUUCAGGUUACAUACGCUUCAGGUUACAGACUCCGCUAACCCAGAAAUAGUACCUCGGGUUAAGAACUUUGCUUCAGAAUGAGAACAGAAACCGUGCAGCAGCGGCAGCGGGAGGCCCCAUUAGCUAAAAUGGUACCUCAGGUUAAGAACAGUUUGAGGUUAAGAACGGACCUCCAGAAUGAAUUAAGUUCUUAACCCGAGGUACCACUGUACUUUUGCUUUUACUUCUGCCUGUUUCUUCUCUCAGAGCUGGAGAGAGAGGACGCCAUGACUCCUUUGUCUGUACAUAGUGUGUAAAUAAAUACAUAGAUUAGCUCUACGAUGUCUCACGCUUCUUGCUGUGUUUUACUACAAGAUUAGUGUACAUGUAUCAUUUGAUAUAUGUCGCUGAAGCGCACUGGAGAAGAAGGGGAAUGUCUUUUCCAGAGCUGCACAAACCGGAGGACGCUCAAAGUUUUGGGGUUGCAGCGGCACCUGCAUAGUUAUUAUGUCAUGUCUCUGGCUGGCAACCUGCUAGAAGGGAACAUGCUUUUUCUGAACAGCACUACAGUGGUGCCUUGCAAGACGAAAUUAAUCCGUUCCACGAGUCUCUUUGUCUAGCGGUUUUUUCAUCUUGCAAAGCAACCCUAUUAGCGGCUUAGCAGAUUAGCACUAUUAGCGGCUAUUAAAGGCUUAGCGGCUUAGCGGCUAAAAGGCUAUUAGCGGCUUUGCGGCUUAGAAAAAGGGGGGGGGAGCGGAAAAAAAACGCAAGACUCGCAAGACUUUUUCGUCUAGCGAAGCAAGCCCAUAGGGAAAUUCGUCUGGCGAAGCGCAUCGAAAAACAGAAAACCCUUUCGUCUAGCGGGUUUUUCGUCUUGCGGGGCACCACUGUAUUGCACUUCAAAAACCAGAUUAAAAUAUACACAGCAUAAUUGAAAAUGUGUAUACAAUGCAACUGGCUUGCCUAGGGAAAAGCAUCAGGAAUAGAUCUGCUAUAGCAUUAUUAUAUGGACCGAUAAUGAGUAACAUGCACCAUUCUGUCAGAUCAACAUACAGUGGUACCUUGGGAUGCGAACGGGAUCCAUUCCGGAGCCCCGUUCGCAUCCUGAAUGGAAUGUAAGAUGCGACGGCGUGUCUGCGCGUGUGCGGGUCAUGUUUUGCCGCUUCUGCACAUGCGCAUGACGUCAUUUUGAGCGUCUGCACAUGCGCAAGUGGCAAAACCCGGAAGUGACGUGCUCUGUUACUUCCGGGUUGCCGUGGAGCGCAACCCGAAAGUGCUCAACCUGAAGCACAUUCAACCCAAGGAAUGACUGUACAUAUAAAUUCUAGAGAACAUUUUCCUCCUAAACAGAUAAAUAAAAAAGUAUCACCUCAAAUGAAAAAAACGCGAAUGAACCUUGCAUUCAAACUGCGUUGAAGCGGUCAUGCUGCAUUCAAUUUUAAACCUUUUUUUCAACAGUGCAAAACUUAUGGCAGAGUAUUUUGCCAAGUCAACGAGGCUCUGAAAAAUGUCUCUCAAAGCGCUUGCAACAGCAGUGUAUCAAAUAUGCUUCCACCCGACUCUCUGUAUGAAGACCAUGUGAGUAUUUUUUGUAAACGUAUAUAUUUCUCCAUAGUGAGACAUAGUAGGGAAAUAGUUUGCGCCCCCUUUUUUAAACGUUCAGAAGGGAUUCUCGGUGGGUUGGGGUAUAUUUUUACAAAUGUAUUUACAAAUUGCUUUAACUUACUUUACCUAAGAGGUCACCUCUAAUCAACUGUCAGGAAAACCAAUAAAAAAUAAAUCUUUUCAAUGGGCCAAAAUAAGCUCAGGCCUCCUCCUCCUAAUUACCAUUUUAUUAGCAUUGUACUGUUGGAACUGUAUGGUCAAUUUAACUCUCCUUCCCCCCCCCCCAUCUUCUUUUAAAGACUAACUGCACUUUGCCAAACAUUGGUAGCAGGCCGAUGAAGGAAUUCUGUCCAGCUCUAUUGGACUACGUCAGAAGUUUAUAUGUCUGCUACGUGGACAAGAAAAAGUGUACAUCAUAA